AUGGGCAAUAUAUUUGGGGAGGGAAUUCAAUUUCGUGAAGGAAAACCAAUUCAACUUUUAAAAUACGUAGAGGAUUCUGAUAAACAUGGAGAAAUUAUAUUAUGUGAAGAGGCUUUAGAUAUAGUUAGAAAAAUUGAUGAACCAGUCUCUGUCAUUGCUGUUGUUGGAUCGUAUCGUAAAGGGAAAUCGUGGUUCGCGAAUGUGCUACACGGUAGAUGUGACGGAUUUGAGUUAGGUUCAAAGACCGAAGGAUGUACACGAGGAAUUUAUAUGUGGAAUGAACCAUUUUUUCACAAAGGAAAAAGGAUAAUUGUAUUGGAUUGUGAAGGAAUUGAUGAUCCAAAACAAA